UAUAUAUCUAUAUAAAUGUGUUUGUCCACAUGGCUGUGCUGUGUUUCAGUGCACACGUUCCAGCUGGACAUCACGGCGCGGCAGGGCCACGAGAAGCUGCGGGAGAUGUUCGACAGGAACAAGCACGUGACCGACCCGCGCGUCAUCGACAUGCUGGUCAUCAAGGGCAAGAUGGAGCUGGAGGAGACCAUCAACGUCUGGAAGCAGAAGACGCACAUCAUGCGCUACUUCCACGAGACCGAGGCCCAGCGGCCGGCCGACUUCCUGUCCAGAUUCUACCACGGACACGACCCCUGACCUCUGACCCCUGAAGCGUGUCUGUUGUGAUUGUCUGCUUCUGGACUGUAAAUAUACACUGAUGCUCAAACUCUC